AUGGCGACCAUAGAUGUUUUGUCGUCCAGAUUUUUCUCUUAUGAAAAAAUGUAUUCUGAUGACAUGCGCCAGCAGAGCUUUUCUAAUUGGCCAUUUCGAGAAGAAUGCAACUGUACACCCGAGAAGAUGGCAAAGGCGGGUUUUGUCCACUGCCCCGGUGAGAAUGAGCCAGAUGUUGUGUGUUGUUUCUUCUGUCUGAUUGAACUUGAGGGCUGGGAACCGGACGAUGACCCCUGGUCUGAACAUAUGAAGCGAUCUCCAAACUGUGGCUUUUUAAACUUGAAAAAGGACUUUACAGAGCUGACGAUGGCUGACUACUGUCACAAGGAGAAGGACAGGCUUAAAAUCUACUUUAGAAAGGUUUGUCACAAAAAGAUGGCAUUUCUCCGUGAUCAGAUAGACCAUACACUGGAGUCCCUAAAAUCACAGAUGACAUCUUUGUGAAUCUGAUUUUUAAUACAUGUUUAAUUAUGUUUUUAUUUAACUGAAU